CCCGACACCAUUUCCUGCACCUGCUGUAACCAAUUGCCAUGUCAAGCCUCUUCCAAAAGCUGCAGCUCAAGCCUGGCAUGAGGCUCACGGUUUCAGGAGCUCCCCCAGAGAUGGCCAAGAUCAAGAAUGAGCUUACACGCAGUGCUGGCACAUCGAAGUCAGAACUUCCCUCCGCUCAGCUUUACUUCGUGAAGAGCUGUGCGCAGAUUAAGAAACUGGCGCCCUCGGCCGCGAAGAAGGCUGGCAGCGAGGGGCUGCUGUGGAUCGCCUAUCCCAAGAAGUCUUCCAAGAAGUACCAAUCCGACGUGGGCCGCGACGACAGCUUCAGCGCUUUUGGAAAGCUGAGCUACGAGAAGGUGCGCAUGGUAGCAUUGGACGACGACUGGAGCGCCGUGCGCUUGAAGGCCGCGGCCCACAUCAAGACGCUGACGCGGCGGCGAGAGACCUGCGACUCCGCGCUGGGCAAGCGCAAGGCGACGGCGACAGCGAAGGCAAUGAAGGUGAUGAAGAUGGUCAAGAAGAAGUGAGAAUCGAUGGACGCGUUUCAAAAGACUGAAGACCAUCGCUGGGCGAAAGGAUGGAGGUUUCAGCAGGGAGCCGAAGAGCCGAAGACGUAAACCACGGAAAUUCCCUUAAAGCUCCAAGAGCUUCUUCUUUCUCCAAGCCUGCCAAGACCAUUCAAGAAAUUGGUUUACCUGGUUUUGUAGCAUAAAGUCUUUAAGGAAAGAAUGGCGGUUCGCUUUCCGCCUUUUUGCAGUCAAUGGUGGACCAGGAACAUUUUGAACAUUUUGAGGCUUCGGUGCUUUUCCACACGC